AUGGCAUCACCAUCUCCUUCAACAACCCCCAACCCUUCAUUGGUCACCAAUGUUCAAGCUCUGCGGAACUUCCUCGCCACCAUUGGCCCUUCCUCUAGCAUUUAUGUCGAUCUCGAAGGCACAAACCUCGGCCGCGGGGGAACCUUGGAUCUAAUCACCGUGCUGGUCCCCCCCGAUCGGAAAGUUCGCAUCAUCGAUGUCAACGCAAUGGGAAACCAAGCCUUCACCACUCCGUCGAAAAAAGACGACAAUGUGACGUUGAAGUCGAUUCUGGAAGACCCAUCCAUCCGCAAGUACCUGUGGGACGUACGCAAUGACGCCGACGCUUUGAAAUCACUGUACCAUGUUGCUAUCUCUGGGGUUAUCGACCUCCAGUUGCUCGAGAAUCUCACCCGCCAAGGUAAUAGUUUCUACGUCAUCGGCUUGGACAAAGCCGUCGAGAACGAUUUACGACUUGAUCAGCGGGAGCAAAUCGAAUGGAAAAAAACGAAGGAGGAUAUUCGCAAGCGCAUGGCUUCAGGCGACUCAGGCAUCUUCUCUAUUCGACCGUUCACGACGCCGGUACUUCGUUACUGUGCCGGCGAUGUACAGGUUCUUCCCUUGCUACGCAAAGCGUAUGAGACGAGGCCUGCAUACACACCCAAAUGGUGGACACAUCUAGAAAACGCAAGCGCCAAACGAGUGAAGAAAGCCUGCUCUGCCAAAGGCUACGAUGCAACAGGUGCAACAAGAGCUGUAGGUCCCUGGGGCUCGGAUCCAGCGUACUUCUUUAGGAAAGGAAAGCAGCUGGGGCUACGCGCGACUUCUUCAACUUCUCAAAAGGGUUCCCAAAAGGAUGGAAACCAGUCAGAAGGUCUUUGUCUCAAACCUACUAAAGAGUUAGCGCUUUUUGUACUCGUUGAAUCUCAAAGACAGGCGACGCAUCAUGGUCUCGGAAGCACCUUGAUACCCAAGCUGGCCUCGUUGAUGAAAAGGGUUAUGCCCUAG